CUCUCUCACUACAUGCAAUAGACGAAAUCAAAUUCAAUACUGCGAUAUAAUAGAGGGAAGCGAGAGAUCAUAGAUAUAUAGUUUGUGUUUUGAAGUCAAUCAAUCAGUAGAACAUUGUUUAGAUUCAUCGAUCAUGGCUCAAUCAGCUGUUUCUCAGAUCGGCGUAGCUGUUCCUAUCAACGGAGAUUCUUCUUUCCUCAGGAGAUCCGUGUUUAAGACACAAAGUAUAAGCUUCAACAAUGGAUCAAGGAGAUCUGCAUUAUCAUUGGAUUCCAAUUCCAUAUAUACAUUCAGGUCAAGGAAUCCUUCAGUAGUUUGCAUGUCUGUGCAACAAGCCAGCAAACCAAAGGUUGCAGUCUCACCUUUAUCACUAGAAGAUGCAAAUGAGCCUCCAUUGAACACACAUAAGCCAAAGGAACCAUACACAGCAACCAUUGUCUCUGUUGAGAGAGUUGUAGGCCAAAACGCUCCUGGUGAAACUUGCCAUGUUAUCAUUGAUCAUGGUGGCAAUGCCCCAUACUGGGAAGGACAGAGCUAUGGUGUUAUUCCUCCUGGCGAAAACCCCAAAAAACCGGGAGCUCCCAAUGCUGUCAGGCUUUACUCAAUCGCAUCGACUAGGUACGGGGAUUUCUUUGAUGGAAAGACAGCAAGUUUGUGUGUGAGAAGAGCUGUUUACUAUGAUCCUGAGACCGGGAAGGAAGACCCCUCAAAGAAAGGAAUAUGCAGCAAUUUCCUUUGUGAUUCAAAGCCUGGCGACAAAAUUCAACUAACUGGUCCUUCUGGUAAGAUAAUGCUUUUACCCGAAGAUGACCCAAAUGCGACCCAUAUCAUGAUCGCUACUGGUACGGGUGUGGCUCCAUUCAGAGGCUAUCUGAGACGUAUGUUCAUGGAAUCAGUCCCCAACUUCAAGUUCGGAGGUCUGGCUUGGCUGUUUCUCGGGGUAGCGAAUAAUGACAGUCUUCUUUACGACGAAGAAUUCGAAAAAUAUCGUCAAGACUAUCCAGACAACUUCAGGUUUGACCGUGCUCUGAGUCGAGAACAAAAGAACAAGAACGGGGGAAAGAUGUAUGUCCAGGACAAGAUCGAGGAAUACAGCGACGAGAUUUUCAAACUGUUGGAUGGGGGAGCACACAUAUACUUUUGCGGGCUGAAAGGGAUGAUGCCUGGGAUUCAAGAUACGUUGAAGAAGGUGGCCGAGGAAAGGGGAGAAAGCUGGGAGGCGAAACUGUCUCAGUUGAAGAAGAACAAACAGUGGCAUGUUGAAGUUUACUAAGUUAUUGUAAGAUUACUUAUUGUAUUAUGAUCAGCUUGUUUUUUAUGAUUUCUCAAAUGGGUUGAGAAAACUUGACAAGGGUAAGAUUGUUGUAGUUUGAUUUGAUUUUGAUUUUCAAAUAAUGUUGUUAUGAAGAUGAGGAUUGUGUUCUUGA